AUGGCAUCAAAUAGCAGCUGUGCGGACUCGGCAGUCAGAAGGUCUCACUCGGUGCGUGGCGAGCAGGCAUUGUCUAGUGGACACAGAACCGCUGUGCGGUGGUCACACUCGCCCUUUAGGUCUACUUGGGUCAGCUGGGUCAGCCCGUUUCGGUCUCAGGGUCUCAGGGUCCGAGGAGGCCCAAUUGAAGCAGUGGGAGACGGUCCCGGGCUACCAUUUUCUGCUCCAGUCCGUGUACCUAAACACAGACCAUCCCCUGCAAAUUCGCUGGCUCGCCAUAAUCUGUCUCAAAAACGGCGUCGACAGGUACUGGCGGUCGACCCGGGUGCACGCCAUCUCGAAGGAGGAGAAGGCAGAGAUCAGAAAGCACUUUUUCGACUCGCUGGAGGAGUCGAACGACCAGCUCACUAUCCAGAACGCCCACGCCGUCGCGCGCGUUUGCAGACUCGACUUCCCUGGCGAAUGGAGCACCGUGUUCGAGGAGAUCGCCGCAGUGCUGGACACGGCCACCGCAAACAUCGUCAAAGUGCACAACAUGCUGCUCAUCACCAACCAGGUCCUCAAGGCUCUUGCCUCGGUGCGGAUCGGCAGAGCCCGCGCAGCGCUGCAGAACAAAGUGUCGGUGGUGGUUCCGCACCUGGUGCGCCUGUACCACGUGUUCUUCAGCCACUGGACCGCAGACGGGAAUUUCGACGCAGCAAGCAUGGAGGUCGGGUAUCUGUGUCUCAAGAACCUGCGGCGGGCCGUGGUGGACGGAUACGAGUACCCGCACCGGGACAGUCUUGUGGUGGAGUUCUACGAGGUGUCGUUGCAGCAUUUGCAGAAACUGCUGCUGCUCCACGAGAGCUCUCAGCUGCCGCUGCUCGAGAGAUAUAUUAA